GACGCCUCGCGGCGCGCCUGCACCGCCUCUCCCGACUGCGGCUCGACGCGCGGUUACAGCCAGCCGGCCACCCCAGCCCUUCCCCCCGGAGGAUCCAGAGGCCUUUCAGAAGUAGAAGGCGACUUGACUCUACUGCCCUGCAAAGGAGUGGAAUUCUUUCAGCCAUGAAGCACGUGUUAAGCCUCUACCUCCUGGGCGUGGGGCUCACGGUGCUCUCCAUCUUUGUGAGGUUGAUGGAGUCACUGGAGGGCUUACUGGAGAGCCCAUUGCCUGAGAGUUUUUCGACCACCAGAGGUCACCUGGCCAGCACACAGCCCCCCAAGGGUCUUCCAGACCACCCAUCCAGAGGGGUGCAGUAAGACCUCCCCUGACUGCAGUAACUUUAGAACACUGGCCUAAACUCCAGCCAGGUGUCCUCAGGUAUAGACAGAGUGGCAGUGUUACCAGGAAACUGUUUUGAGGCCCAAGAAGAGCCUCCCCGUCUGGAUGUGCCAUGACCUGGAGAAACCUGUUUAAUACCCAGUGUGAGGGCGUUGUCUAUGACUGAGGUGGAGUGACCUCGUUCCUCUCCCCAGGGGUGCUGGACACCCUGCUGUCUUCUGCAGCAUAGCCCUGGUGUGGCAACAUCAGCCAAUGUUUUCGCUUCUACUCCCCGGACAUCUGCUGAGGGUUUCUUUGGAUCUGGGUGUCUUGGGAUCUGACUUCCACGAGAGCUCCCAUGUGGAUGACAGUGGGGGCUGUGGGGACUGACUCUAGGGAAGGGGACAGCAAAGCUCAGUGUCUAGUACUCAUUGUUUUACAUUUUUCAACACCUUCCUUCAGUGUGUCUGAAGGGGGCAAGGAGACACCAAAGCCUGCUCAGGAUGUGAGCAUAUCGUGGCCACUGCGUGGCCUAAGUGAAUUUUUCCAGUGAAAUAAAGUUGAGUGUAUAUCUCCUUUCUGUGUCAUUAGCUUCUGUCAUUGAAAUUGGUGCUAGAUCUUUCUAGAGCUAAAGUUUAAUAUGUGAAAAGUUUGGAGUAGGAAUGAGCUUAAAACACUUUUGUUGAAAACAAA